CCGCUCUUCCCGCUCCUGCGCAGCUCUCACCCCGGUCCUGUGCCUCCCUCUAGCCGCCUCUCUUUUUGUCAACAUGUCGGAGUAUACUGCGGUACCACCACCCGGAGCUCCCGGGGCUGCGCUCGGCGGACAGGCAGCUAUCGGGAAUGGAGGUGGCAUCAAGAAGGACGCCUUCGCGGACGCGGUGCAGCGGGCCCGGCAGAUCGCAGCAAAGAUAGGGGGUGAUGCUGGUCCUCCUCCCAUGAACAACAGCAAUGCAUCGGAUGUUUUUCCAUUCGCUGCGCAGAAACGACAGCUCGAGGAUGCAGAUCAGCCAGAGAGUAAAAAGCUGGCCACACAGAGUGACAUGGAUUCAGCCACAGCACUGUCUAUUGGAGCACAGUUAGCUGCUCUUGCACAACAGAGGCCCGCCUCCACCUCAGAGGAGUACAGUGUUCCAGACAGCAUGGUGGGACUCAUUAUUGGCCGUGGAGGUGAACAGAUCAAUAAGAUACAACAGGAUUCGGGCUGCAAGGUUCAGAUAGCUCCAGACAGUGGCGGUCUUCCAGAGAGGAGUGUCUCUUUGACAGGGUCCCAUGACUCCAUACAGAAAGCCAAGCGGCUACUGGAUGAGAUAGUGUCGCGAGGGCGUGGCACGCCCCCUUCUUACCACGAGUCGACUAAUGGCCAGAAUGGCACGGUGCAGGAGAUGAUGAUCCCUGCGGGCAAAGCUGGCCUUGUCAUUGGCAAAGGAGGAGAGACCAUCAAACAGCUACAGGAACGUGCUGGGGUGAAGAUGAUCCUGAUCCAGGAUGCCUCUCAGGGACCCAACAUGGAUAAGCCCUUACGCAUCAUCGGAGACCCGUACAAAGUCCAGCAAGCCCAGGAAAUGGUGCAGGAGAUUCUGAGGGAGAGAGACCAUGGUGGCUAUGGUGAAAGGAAUGAAUACGGCUCCCGCAUGGGGGGAGGCAUGGAUAUCCCAGUGCCACGACACUCAGUGGGUGUGGUCAUCGGCCGCAGUGGGGAGAUGAUCAAGAAAAUCCAGAAUGACGCUGGAGUUAGGAUACAAUUCAAACAAGAUGAUGGGACUGGUCCUGACAAGAUCGCCCACAUCAGUGGUCCUCCUGACCGCUGUGAGCACGCUGCCCAGAUCAUCAACGACCUGCUUCAGAGCAUCAGAGUCAGAGAGGAGGGACAGGGGGGGCCCCCAGGGCCACCAGGCAUGCCACCAGGCAACAGGGGUCGGGGCAGGGGACAGGGUGGCUGGGGGCACCCUGGGGGGGAGAUGACCUUCUCCAUCCCCGCCCACAAGUGUGGCCUGGUGAUUGGCCGUGGGGGAGAAAAUGUCAAGUCCAUCAACCAGCAGACGGGAGCCUUUGUGGAAAUCUCCCGACAGCCGCCCCCCAACGGAGACCCCAACUUCAAACUCUUUGUCAUCCGGGGCUCACCGCAGCAGAUUGACCACGCCAAGCAGCUCAUUGAAGAGAAGAUUGAGGGUCCUCUGUGUCCUGUGGGUCCGGGCCCAGGUGGGCCUGGGGGGCCGGGCCCUGCUGGCCCAAUGGGCCCCUACAACCCUAACCCUUACAACCCUGGACCCCCUGGAGCUCCUGGACCACCACAUGGUGGUCCUCCAGGCCCUCACCAGUAUCCCCCUCAGGGCUGGAGCAACACCUACCAGCAGUGGCAGCCCCAGGCACCCCAUGACCCCAGCAAGGCAGCAGCCACUGACCCCAAUGCAGCCUGGGCAGCCUACUACGCCCAGUACUACCAGCAGCCGUCGGGGUCUGUGCCAGCCCAGCACCCUGCAAAUCCAGCUGGAGGUGCCCCAGCCUCAGGUGACCAGACCCAGCCGGCCCAAACCCAUGGGGGCCAGCCGGACUACACCAAGGCCUGGGAGGAGUACUAUAAGAAGAUGGCCCAGGCAGGAGCGUCAGUCCCUGGAGCAGCAGCUGGAGCCCCUGGAGCAGCUGGCGGGGCAGCAGCCACUGCAGGAGGACAGCCGGACUACAGCGCAGCCUGGGCAGAGUACUACAGGCAGCAGGCUGCAUACUACGGACAGACGGGACAGGCCCCUGGACAGCCAGCCGCUCCCCAACAAGGACAGACGCAGUGAGAAGCCACGGCAGCAGGGUCACGGAUGUCAGAGAGAAUCAGGAAGACAAAAGAUGAAGAACAAGUAUCUUGUAACCCUGACCUCUCCACCAGGAUCUAGGCUGUUUAUUUUUUAAAUUAACUUUAA